CCACCACCAACAACCCUUCAUUCCCCUCCCCCCACCCGCAACCGCCACAAUGUCCACCACCACCACCAACAACCACCACCCCAACACAAAACCGAAACCGAAACCGAAAUCCGCCAAACCCCCCAGUAAACCCACCCGCGUCUACCUCACCCUCUACAACCUCCUCUCCUUCACCCUCUGGGCCACCAGCACCGUCCACGCCCUCUCCCUCCUGCUACUCCAACAGACCCCCCUCCCCCAGAUCUUCACCGCCGUGUUCCCGCUCCUCCUCGCCACGCAGUCCCUCGCCCUGCUCGAGAUCCUGCACAGCGUGGUCGGGCUCGUGCGCGCCCCCGUCUUCACUACCGCCAUGCAGGUCGCCAGUCGCAUUCUCUUGGUCUGGGGGAUUAUGUAUCUCUUCCGUGAGGGGGGGGUGGCUGUUGCUGGAACUGGAGCUGGAGCUGGAGCUGGAGCUGGUGAAGCUGGUAGGAAGGGGAUUGUGGGCGUGGAAGGCAUGGAGGGAGGCGAAGAGCAGAUGCAGGUGCAGGUGCAGGUGGCUGACUACGGGUUCCUGGGAUGUGUGUUUGCGUGGGGAAUUACCGAGUGUAUCCGGUAUGGGUUUUUUGUGCUUCAGGUUUCUGGCCUGGGUGUGCCGGCGUGGUGGGCUUGGUUGAGGUAUAACACUUUCUAUGUGCUCUAUCCUCUUGGAAUCACGAGCGAGUGCGUCAUGGUUGUCAUGGCUUUGGGCCCCGCCGCGGAGUGGAUGCCCGUUUAUCGCUGGUUUUUGGUCGUCGUGUUGGGGAUUUAUGUUCCUGGGUCGUAUAUUCUGUACACGCAUAUGAUUGCGCAGAGACGGAAGGCGUUGAAGAAGAAGGAUUAGAUAUAUGUCUCGUGGUGGGUGUCUGGUGGUGGGUAGAUGCGGAUGAAUGGAUGAAUGGAUGAUGGGUAAUGUGUACUCCGUAGGUAUGUAAAGAUGGAUGGAUACAUCAUAUACAACGAUAAAAAAAAGGUAGAUAGAUACAGGAUCUGCGUGAGAUGAUGAUGAUGAUGAUGAUAAUAAUAAUAAUACAGAUAUAGACGCA